AUGUUAAGGUCUCCCCUGAGCCUUUUCUUUGUUUUUUUCCUCUCAUCCCAUUAUGACUUCAUAACAGAAUUGUCGAACGUCAGUCAAUUUAAUAUUCUUGAUAACGUUAGUAACAAGCAUCAGCAAAAAUCAUUUCGAUGCCCUGACGGACAUGAAAUCAUUCAUCUCCAUUACAUUGUUAAUCGUCAUGGUCGCGAUGCUACGCCUUACUUGGAACGCAAUCGUGUAGGAAGAGAUGCAAUUGAUUCGGCAGCUGCGCUUACUGAUAUGGGCAAAUAUUUGUUCCGUGAACGACGCUUGCCAGUUUAUGAUAUCGCUGUCGCUAUUACAAAUAAGUUGGAGCCGCAAAUUGAAUUGGACAGAAACCUAAGACGAUAA